GCAACACCAACAACAGAGCAGCGUCAGCGCCAGCAGCGACGCUAGCAGUGGCGGUGCGAAUUCGGUGUGUGAAUUUUUCUAUAAACUCGGGACCGCCCUUAUGCUGGCCAACAUUCGCGGUUGUGAUACGAAGCAUAAGGCCGCUAUAUUAGCGCUGCCAAACCAAAGUCUGACCUUCACAAACAGUCGAAAUUUUGCACAACUCUUGCCACGGCAACCGGUAGAUGCCAGCCAGUCAAUAAAUCAACAUACAAAGCAACAAACAAACAAACAAGCCAACAACCAAACAAACAACCAACCAACCAACCAACAAUCAACUGAAAGCGAGCAACAAUCGACACAAAAGUUCCUAAAUCAAAGUCACAUUUUGUACGAGCGCACACACAAGUUCCUAAGUAGCAGAAGGCUAGCAAACAAUUGCAACAGCAACAGCAACAUCAGCAGAAUAAAACAAACAACAAGCAAAGAGCAACAUGACAGCUUUGGGAUUAGUUCUGCUAUCGAUGAUGGGCUAUGGCCAUCACAUGCAGUCAGAUCUGGGCGAUGGUAUGGCCACUGCUCGACUUAUAUCCCGCUCAGACUGGGGCGCACGCUUUCCUAAGUCAGUGGAACGCUUCGAGGGUCCUGCCCCAUACGUGAUCAUCCACCACUCCUAUAUGCCAGCGGUGUGCUAUACAACACAUGACUGCAUGAAGAGCAUGCGCGAUAUGCAGGAUUUUCAUCAAUUGGAGCGAGGCUGGAACGAUAUUGGCUAUAGUUUCGGAAUCGGCGGCGAUGGGAUGAUCUACACAGGAAGGGGAUUCAAUGUUAUCGGAGCUCAUGCUCCAAAGUACAAUGACAAGAGCGUGGGAAUUGUGCUGAUCGGUGAUUGGAGAACUGAACUGCCACCCAAACAGAUGCUGGAUGCGACCAAGAACCUUAUCGCCUUCGGUGUUUUCAAGGGUUACAUUGACCCCGCAUACAAGUUGCUGGGUCAUAGACAAGUGCGAGACACCGAGUGUCCUGGGGAUAGGCUGUUCGCCGAGAUCACCGGCUGGCCGCACUUUACCCGCCUCAAUGCCACCGAAAGCAGCACUUCUACCCCAGUUGAACCCCACAUCCAUCCAAAGGCGGCACCGCAAACACCAUCCCAAUCCUCACCAGCUGCGCCCAAGGUCUAAGCUAAAGGUCUGGGACACUCAUCCCUCGCAAAGCAGUUUAGGAGAAGCCACAACGAGCUCGGCUCCCCGCACAACGCCAAGGAGUUCAUUCAGUAUUCAUUAGAUGUCUCUUCGAACAUUUCACAAAUAAAGCAAUUUCUAGAUGAUAACACUUAAA